CAUAAUCAUCCACAAAAAUUCUUAUUAAUGAUGAGUACUCCUAGCCGUUAUCGUUUCAUUCUCUCCAUCUGCCUCCUCGUACUCGUCCACUCCGGUAUCCACACCGACGUCGUCGCCACCACCUUCGUCGUAAGAAAUACAGCCCCCGGAUCCAACGGUGGCAAGAGGUUCGCACAUUCCAUCGGCACCGCCCGUUCCACGUACGUCAUGUCAUCGGCCACGUCCUUCAUACAGCGCACCUUCCGCCAGACUAAUUCCCACGACCAGAGAAAGCACGUGCACGAAGUCACCCUGUUCAUCGAGGCCGCGGAUGGCGUGGCCUACACCGCCGGCGAUGAAAUCCACGUCAGCGCACGCUACAUCGGGACGUACAAGGGUGACGUGGCGCAGGAGAUAAGGGGAGUGAUAUACCAUGAGAUGACCCACGUGUGGCAGUGGGAUGGAAAAGGGCGGACUCCCGGCGGAUUGAUCGAAGGGAUUGCGGAUUUCGUGAGGCUCAAGGCAGGUUACGCGCCGAGUCACUGGGCGAGGCCCGGGGAAGGGGACAAGUGGGACCAAGGGUACGACGUUACGGCCAGGUUUUUGGACUACUGCGAGGGGCUGAGGAGCGGGUUUGUGGCUGAGUUGAAUAAGAAGAUGAGAUUUGAUUAUAGAGAGAGCUUUUUCGAGGACUUGCUCGGCAAGAGCGUUCACCAGCUUUGGGGUGCGUAUAAACAUAAGUAUGGACAAUGAUAGAUAAUACUCCUCCACAAAUGAACGAAGCAAGUUCUCGAGUUAUUCAGAUCGAUACUGAUAUUGAUAUUCGCAUGGCGUCUUGCCUAUCGCCAAUCCUACGGACCUAUAAGUCUUCCAGUUAUGCAAUGCUCUUUUCUUUUGGUUUCAAUAAUGCGUCCUUACGAGU